AUGGAUUUGCAUAUCACAGAUUUAAAUCUUCUUUGCAGAGUUUGUGGUUGUUUUAUUGGGAAAAAUAACUACUCAAUUGGAGCCAUCCAAAAAGAUAAAAUUGAAAAGAUGUUUCACGUCAAAUUAACAGAUUUAGAAGGAGUUCAUCCUUCAAAAAUUUGUCCUAAAUGUUACAAAACAAUUAACAUAGUAAUAAAAAGAAUGUCAUCAACUACUCUGCUUUUAUGUACAAAGUGGACGCCUCAUUGUGAUGACUGCUAUACUUGUCAUCAUGUGAAAAAACUGAGUCAGGGUGCUAUUUUUUCAAAUUCCCAAAUAAGGAGUAAAACAAAGUUUAUUGGCCAUCCUAAAAUUGGCGAAAAGGUUUGGAGUUUUUCUAUCUUGAAAGAUAUGAGUUUGCAUGUCAUUAUGAGUUUGUAUGCUUCUUUUAUAUGA